AUGAAAACAAAGAAAAGAGGAGGAAGAAGAUUGAAAAGAGAUUGGCGAACGAAAAUUGACGUAACUGAUGUUGACACGUAUCUAGAGGGGAAAAGACUCCAGGAACGAAUAGGAGAUCCAUUCAGUGAAAAAAAAGAUGAAGAACUGUUUCACAUUGAUACAAGUGGAAAGAAACAAAAGACUAAGAAAAAAUCCAUAAAUGCACCUUUGAAAUGCCUAUCGAUCUUACAAUCAACAUCUGCUAUUCCACCACUUGCUAAAAGAAGUGUAAAAAAAUACAAAAAGAAUAAUAAAAAGGAAGAUGAUUUUGAUAAAAACAUUAAACCUCUCAAGAAAGGAGGUAUAGUUAAGAAAAAAGAGGUGAAGGAAUUAAAUAAAAUUCUAAAGGCCAAAGUUAAAACAUUGGAACUUAAAGAAAAUUCAACUAAAGAUCUCUUUGACAAGGAUUUAUGGACAGGUUAUAGAGAACCAGGACAAAGAAAAGAUAAACUCAUAAAAAAUGUUAUUAAAUGGUUGCCAAGUGAAGUAUUAAAUCAUAAUGCUAAAAUCCUUCCGAAAUUAAGUAAUAAAAAAAUGUCGCAUCCGAGCCAAACCACAUGCGAAGCUGACGAUAUGAAAUGUCCACACCCGGGUCUUUCAUACAAUCCCACAAUCGAAGAUCAUGUUUCAUUAUUGGCUAAUAUUGCUGAAAAAGAAACAGAGUUGAUAAAGCAUGAAGCUCAUAUGAAUAGAGUUACACGAAACUUAUUCCAACAAGUUUCUAAAGAAAAAAAUGAACAAAUGAUAAUUGAUGAAUUAACUGAAGGUCUGCCUGGCUUUACGGAUGAUACAGUAAAAGAAGUAAACGAAGACACUUCUGAGUUUAAAGCUAUUAACCCACCCACUACAAGAGAUAAUCAAAAAACCAUUAAAAAACGUAAGAUCCAGAGACGAUUGCGUAAUGAAGAAAGACAACGUAUGAAUGCUAAACUUGAAAAGAAGAAAAUUUCAGAUCUUUAUAGAUUACGUUAUAUUAGAGAAGAAUUGGAUGAAUUGGAAAAUGAAACUAAUAAAAAGAAACUUAAGAGAUUACAAAAAAGACAAUUAAAUAACAUUAGCACCAGGCGUCUAGGAACCAACAAGUUUACUGAGUCAUUAGAUGCUUUUGCAUUACCAAAAGAUUUAAAAGGUACGCUAAGAGAAACUGAACCACAAGGAAAUAUAUUCAAAGAUUGUUUUGAAAGUUUACAAAAGCGGAAUAUAUUGUCUGUUGGGAAAAAACAACUUAAGAUUCAUAAGAAAAAAGUACAGGCAUUUAUGCAACCUGCUUUUAAAGUAACACCGGACAUGUUAGCAAAGUAUAGUGUAUAA